AAGUCGGUUUUCACAGUAAUUUUAUAGCCUUUCUAUAUGAGAAAGGCAAAACCGCGUAAUUUCGGAAAAUUUAGAGUAGUAGUAAUUUAGAGAAAAUUCGUAAACGGUUUCCUUCCCGAGCAUCAGACACACAUACAUUUUUUCAGCAGAAUUCCGCAAAUGUUUGAUCCUCCCACAUUGCUUAACUUUCUCAGCACCUUCAAUACAUUGAACUUUGAAUCGAAGAGCUUCGAACUGCAGUACAUCACCUUUCGCUAGACCGAUUGGCAAAAAAAAAAUGCUAACCAAACCUUGCAGUCAAUCAAACAAAACCAAACCGCAAAUGUGUACAAUCGAACAAUUUGCCAACAUCUUUCGUUGCGGAUCGGAAGUCACUAAAAAAAUGGGAACUCGGGACGAGCGGGGGUGGUUGAAAACGCUAUCGGAAAAUUGCAUGUGUACAAACGCAGGUCCACAGCCCCAAGUGAAAUGGAAAAAGGGAAAAGAAAAUCGCGCGUCGAUCGCGUCGAAAAUGAAAAAUGUGAAAAUAUGUUGUGUUGUGCUGCUUGGGUGUAGCAGAGGAGAGGAUUAGCUUAGACAUAUAGUCAGCCCACCGACAACAUAACGACGGCUUGGGCGAAUGGCUGCUAUGCCAAGAUUAAACAGAGCAUUCAGUGUACUUUAAAAGGAGAUGCAUAUCAAUUGUUGAAGCCAGUAUCAGUACGGAUUGCGAUUGAUUAGCAGUGUGGAGUGCAGUGCAAAUAAGUUGGACCAUCGGAGCGGCCAUUUGGCGAAAUUGGAACGGACUACUCCUGUUGGAAACGAAACGUGCUUUUGUGUUGUGGGUGCGUGAAACGAACCUUUUUUCUGUGAAUUAGAAAUCGUUACGAGUGAAUUUCGUUAUCAGUAUCAGAUCAACUAGUGCCACUAACAGAUAACAAAACAAACAACAACAAAAAAAGAAUCAUGGGGAAAAUGUCGACAAGAAGCACCGCGUUGAAGUAUCUAUUGUUUGCCUCAUUCAUUACCUCCACACUGUGCGCCUCGGCCGCUGGAUUGCGCGGCCAGACCCGUGUGGCCCACAGCAACAAGAACGAGAACAGCUGGUUCACUGGUGAGCUGAGUGUGCUGCAGAAGGUCUACGAUGACUGCCAGGAUAAGCAAGACUUCACCGGUUGCCUGAAGGGUAAAGCUCUGACAGCCAUUUCGCGCGCUAUCGACAUGGAAUCGGUUCAACUAGUCGAUGGAAUUUCGCUGGUUAAGCAGGAAGUCGCUGAAAAGGAGAGCAUCCCACUGCUGGGAGAUGCCCGUGCACUGAGCGGACUUGGCGAGGUGGAUCGUUCUAUCCUGGACAAACUGAACAAAUUCUUCCAGACGCACUCGCUGCGCAUUGACAUGCAGAAGCAGGAUGGUGUCGCCCGUGGAAACAAAAACAACAAACAUCACCGCUAUCUGAUUGCUGCCUUUUUGACCGCCAUGGGAAUCGCUGGUCCAAUCGGUCUCAAGGUUCUGGCGGCGGUAGCCGGUAAGGCUUUGGUCAUUUCCAAGGUAGCCCUGACCAUUGCCGGUAUCAUCGCUCUGAAGAAGAUCUUCGCACAUGACCAUCACGAGGAAACCAGUUUCCAGGUGCACGCUGGACAUGACAACAGACGAACUGCCUACGUUGUUCGCAACCCAGCCAAGAUGGCCGCGAGCGUUGAUCCUUACCGGUACUACUACGAGCAGCAACAGCAACAACCGCAAGCACAGUACGGUGCCGUCUAAAAACCCAUCGGCCAAAGCCGCUACAGCCAGUCAUCGGUUCUAUCCGUCCCAGAGGAAAUGAUUAGCGAACAAGUCCCCUGUACAUUAAUAUUUAUUUUUAAUUUAUUGCAAGCGUUAAAUUAUGGGUAGUUGUACUUUUAAAUACACAGCGCUAAGCCUGAAGCAGAGGCCACACCGACAUUUUCCCUAUACGCAGCAUUUUUCUGAUUGAAAGAAUGUGCGGUUUGUUGAAAUAUUGGCGAACGAACCACUUCGAUACAGCAAGAAAACCAAAAAAUAGACCAAAUUUAGAACUUCCUCAAAUUCCAGUAGGAUCGAAUUAACUAGUAGCAGUAGCAACAACAACAAGAACGGAAACGUUAGUCCGCGUGUAAUUUUAUAGCAAUGAUUAACACGUUAUCAAGUUGGUAUUUGGUAAGCAGUUUGCAGUGUGAACGAUACACAGGUGCGAAAAAUAAACAUAUCGACAAAUAAAAAAAAACGAUAAAGCACAGUAUCACACCCGAGGUAUAUGUUAGUUUAUAGAUCGAAAAGAAACCUUCGUCAAAAGUAAUUGAUGAUGAACUUUAUGAUGGUGGAAUGUUGGAAUCAGUUGAAUAAAUAAAUUACAUAACCGUUGUUGAGUCGGUUACAGGUUUUUUUCGUUUUAGAGUAAUGUUCAC